GGCGGCGGGCGCCUCGCAGCCCCAGGCCGGGGCCGCCGCCGCUGCCCCUACCGUGGCGGCUGAAGAAUCGUCGGACAGCGAGCCGGAGCAAGAGCCCGGCUCCCCUCAGAAACUCAUCCGCAAGGUCUCCACGUCAGGCCAGAUCCGCCAGAAGACUAUUAUCAAAGAGGGCAUGCUGAUGAAACAGACCAGCUCAUUCCAGCGCUGGAAGAGACGAUACUUCAAACUGCGAGGACGAACUCUGUACUAUGCCAAAACUGCAAAGUCAAUCAUUUUUGAUGAGGUGGAUCUAACAGAUGCCAGUGUUGCAGAAUCCAGCACUAAAAAUGUCAACAACAGCUUCACGGUUAUUACUCCAUGUCGGAAGCUCAUCUUGUGUGCUGAUAACAGAAAAGAAAUGGAAGACUGGAUUGCAGCACUGAAGACUGUACAGAAUCGUGAACAUUUUGAGUCUACCCAGUACAGUAUGGACCAUUUCUCAGGGAUGCAUAACUGGUACGCCUGUUCACAUGCUCGACCAACUUAUUGUAAUGUAUGUCGGGAGGCACUUUCUGGGGUCACAUCCCAUGGACUCUCUUGUGAAGUGUGCAAAUUUAAAGCCCAUAAGCGGUGUGCUGUCCGGGCAACAAAUAACUGCAAAUGGACAACACUAGCAUCUAUUGGAAAGGAUAUCAUUGAGGAUGAAGAUGGGAUUUCAAUGCCUCACCAGUGGCUUGAAGGAAACCUACCUGUGAGUGCCAAAUGUAUGGUGUGUGACAAAACAUGUGGCAGUGUCCUGCGUUUGCAAGACUGGCGCUGUCUCUGGUGCAAAGCCAUGGUACAUACCUCAUGUAGAGACUUGUUACCAACCAAAUGCCCCCUUGGCCUUUGUAAAGUAUCCGUCAUUCCUCCCACAGCUCUCAACAGCAUCGAUUCAGAUGGUUUCUGGAAAGCCACUUGUCCCCCUUCUUGUACAAGCCCUUUGUUGGUCUUUGUCAACUCAAAAAGUGGAGACAACCAGGGUGUAAAAUUCCUACGAAGAUUCAAACAACUGCUAAAUCCUGCACAGGUCUUUGAUCUCAUGAAUGGAGGACCUCACCUCGGUUUACGUUUAUUCCAGAAAUUCGACACCUUCCGAAUUCUGGUGUGUGGUGGGGAUGGAAGUGUUGGAUGGGUUCUCUCUGAAAUUGACAGCCUCAGUCUCCAUAAACAGUGCCAGUUGGGAGUGUUGCCCCUGGGCACCGGCAAUGACCUUGCCCGUGUGCUAGGCUGGGGAUCUGCUUGUGAUGAUGACACCCAACUCCCACAGAUACUGGAAAAGCUGGAAAGGGCCAGUACCAAAAUGCUUGACAGGUGGAGCAUUAUGGUGUACGAAACAAAGCUCCCUCGUCAAGCAUCUGCUUCUGGGGUCACUGAAGAUUUCAAUGAAGAUUCUGAGGUGCAGCAGAUUCUCUUCUAUGAAGAUUCUGUAGCUGCUCAUUUAUCCAAAAUCUUGACAUCUGACCAACACUCAGUGGUCAUCUCAUCAGCUAAGGUGCUCUGUGAGACUGUGAAGGAUUUUGUGGCUCGAGUAGGGAAAGCCUACGAGAGGGCACCAGAAAGUUCUGAAGAGUCGGAAGUCAUGGCCAGAAAGUGCUCUGUUUUGAAAGAGAAGCUGGACUCUCUUUUGAAGGCGUUGAAUGAAGAAUCUCAAGCUUCGUCUUCUUUGUCAAACCCACCUCCUACCAUUGCAGAGGAAACAGAAGAUGGUGAUGGUUCUGGCAGUGUAUGUGAUUCUUCUAGUGAGCGUUCAGUAGGGUCAUCAUGCACUGCCCGUCCUCAGAUAUUUCGACCACGUGAACAGUUAAUGUUGAGAGCCAAUAGUCUGAAAAAAGCCAUCCGUCAGAUUAUAGAACACGCAGAAAAAGCCGUAGAUGAACAGAAUGCUCAAACACAAGAACAGGAGAGCUUUCUCCUCAGUUUCUCCACCCCUGAAGAGGGAAAGGAAAGGAAUGAGAAUAAAGUUUCCUUGCAGUCUUCACACACUGGCAGCUAUGGAUUUCCAAAAGGGAGGAGCCAUCGGAAAGUGAUCAAGUCUCCCUGUGAAAGAUUAAUAAGUAAAGGAAAUUUAUCGGUGGGAAGCUCUGCCUCUCUUCCUCCCCAAACAGGAAACAGGGACAAUCUACCAAUGCUGAAUGCAAAGAUCAUCUACCCCAAUAUCCGUGCUGGAGCGUCUGGUUCUUUACCUGGAGGUUCUGUCAUCAGCCGGCUGUUGAUCAAUGCAGACCCAUUCAACUCUGAGCCAGAAAAUCUUGAUUGUUACAUAGAGAAAUGUGUGAUGAAUAACUAUUUUGGAAUUGGACUUGAUGCAAAGAUCUCUUUGGAUUUCAACAACAAGCGUGAUGAGCACCCAGAAAAGUGCAGAAGUCGUACAAAGAACAUGAUGUGGUACGGAGUUCUUGGGACAAAGGAGUUGCUUCACAGAACUUAUAAAAACUUAGAACAGAAAGUGUUAUUAGAGUGUGAUGGGCGCCCAAUCCCUUUGCCCAGUCUUCAGGGAAUUGCUGUUCUCAACAUCCCCAGCUAUGCAGGAGGCACCAACUUCUGGGGGGGCACUAAGGAAGAUGAUACAUUUACAGCUCCUUCUUUUGAUGACAAGAUCCUGGAAGUUGUAGCAGUUUUUGGUAGUAUGCAAAUGGCUGUCUCACGUGUGAUUAACCUACAGCAUCACCGGAUUGCCCAGUGCCGGACAGUGAAGAUCGCAAUCCUGGGAGAUGAGGGAGUUCCUGUGCAAGUUGAUGGAGAGGCCUGGAUCCAACCCCCAGGAUAUAUUUGGAUCGUUCAUAAAAACAGGGCACAGACUCUAACAAGAGACAGGGCAUUUGAGAACACACUAAAAUCUUGGGAGGACAAACAAAAGUGUGAGCUGCCCCGACCUCCCUCUUUCUCACUGCACCCAGAGAUUAUAUCUGAAGAAGAGUCCAGUCAUAUCAAUCAGUUUUGCCGAGCAGCAGGAGCUCUGAUUCACAGCAUUCGUGAAAUAGCCCAGUCUUACCAGGACAUGGAACAAGAACUUGCUCAUGCAGUCAAUGCUAGUUCCAAGUCUAUGGACAAAGUAUAUGCUAAAUCCAAAUCUACGGAGGGCCUGAACUGCACCCUUGUGGUAGAAAUGGUGAAUAAUGUUAAAGCCCUGCAUAAUGAGACAGAACUUCUCCUGGCUGGGAAAAUGGCCCUGCAGUUGGAUCCUCCACAGAAGGAGCAGCUCCUAACAGCCCUGACAGAAAUGGACUUUCAUAUGAGGAAGCUAGCAGAUAUUCCUUGGCUGUGGCAACUCAUGGAACCCAGUGAUGAAGAGAACCAAAUGCUGGAUUAUUCUAAACGCAGCCGGAGUGGCAAAUUUCGUCUGGUGACAAAAUUUAAAAAGGAGAAAAACAACAAGAAUAAGGAAACUCGUAGCAGCUUGGGAUUGCCGGUUCACCUCUGGGGAACGGAGGAGGUUGCAGCCUGGCUUGAACAUCUCAGUCUUUGUGAGUAUAAGGAUAUCUUCAUCCGGCAUGACGUCCGGGGCUCUGAGCUCCUGCAUCUCGAACGGAGAGACCUCAAGGACCUAGGCGUGACCAAAGUGGGCCACAUGAAGAGGAUAUUACAUGGGAUCAAGGAACUGAGCAGGAAUAUUCCUGUCAGCGAGGCUUAACUUCUGUUUUCAGAGCAUGUAUCUACCAUUCCCCCUGAUGUCUGUGCAACUGACACCUCACAGAGCAGACUUGCUCAGAAUUGUCUCUGUGGAUCAGCCAAACACUAUCAGUGUUCAAAGCUCCUAUCCAACUUUUCGUGGUGCUACCUUCUGAUGUAGGGCACAGCCCUAUCCAGUCCAGUGGCACCUUGUGUUCAAAGCCAGUGUUACUCUGCCCUCAUCAAUGACCACUUCUCCACCUUUACUCAGGCCUGGGCACACUUGCAUGCUGCACCCUCAGCCAGUCCCAGUAAACUAGCAUGUGGACCAGUAACUUUUUGUGGACAAAAGCCAAUAUGGAAUGCCAAUAUUCUAACAUACCUUAUGAUCUGAGGAUUAUAACAGAUAUUAAGAGCUAUGAAAGCACCUGUUACUCAUGAAUACACAAUGAUAAAUAUUAGCUAUUGAGAAAGGGAAAUUGAAUUAUUAGCCAACUACGUGGGGCAACCAAAUUCACUAAUAUAAUAUCAUACCACUACUUCAUAGUCUUUAUAAUAAAUACAGUGGAGUCAAGUUAGGAAAAGAUUGUUUCUCAAUUGGUGCCCUUUCUGUGAUGCCAGAGAAAUGAAUUGACCAUGGAUAUAUAAGUGCAGAGUCUGUUUUUCUUCUUUAAGUAUAUAACUUGUCCUUAUUAAUUAACACUGUCUCAUUCCCCUGUAUUCCUGCUCUAUAAUGCUUGUAGAUGCCGAAGGGAUGCAGUUGCAUGUUGUUCUGGCUUAAAACAUCAAGUGCCUAGAAAUAUUGGGAGAUCCCAGAAGUACAUCCAAAGCAGCACACUGCUGAUUCCUUUUGCCAUUGCUGCUCAGUGCAUAAGCCUCUGGCUCUACUAAUUUUUUAAUGAAUGAAAUAGGACUGGCAUUUCUGAAGACAAAAAGGAACCAUCUCUGCAUAGGAUUAGACAGGGUGUAAUAUUUCUUUUCUUUUCAUGACUGUUUCCUGAACUUUACAAAGCCAGAGCAUUGUUGCUUAAAAUAUACACAGUAUUUCUCUGUUUUAGGAGAACCUCUGCCAAAUCUUUAUUAGUGUAACUUUCACUGAAUUCUUCAGAAUUUCCUCUCAGUGAUUACUUUAGCAUUCCAUCUAGUCUUGUUUCUUCCUGACACCACUUUUACAAUUGAGGAUGAGUUAGUUUUAUUAUGGAAAACUCCAGUCUAAUAAUUUACAAAGGAAAUAUUAAACCUGAGCUGGCUCUGCUCCAUUAUCACUGUUUGCAUAGAUGUUUUGCCUUAUUAGUAUAGAUUACUUUCACUGUAUUGAAUUCCCUGUGCAUACUGGAGGACUGUGAAUUGCAAAGCACACAGGUAUUCACCACAAAGCUCACACUCCAGGUGCUUUCACGUGCUAUGAUGGUCUGUGCAAAUCUUAGCAGUAGGUCACCAUCAAAUAGGAGAUUAUUCCUGCACUUUAUUAUUGGUGAGAAGCAUAUGACAGCCUCUUCCAUUUCCUGGUGAACACCUCAGGGAGCAGAAACAUCCUAUGAUAACUCGGGAGAAAAAUGCAGCAAAAAAAAAAUGUGGACAUUUUCUAUUCCUUUAACCAUGGAAAUACUGCAGUGCUUGCUUUUAUGCUUCUCUUAGAAAUCUCAUGUGGAAUCAAAGAUGCUUUCAUUAUUAGCUUCUGAGUGGAUUGGUCUUCCACAAAGAGGAGGAGCUUUGUUAUAUUCCCUUGACUUAGCCUGAUAGGACACUUUUUCUGUACUGCAGUCAGGUGGCAUCACCCACUGAGAAGAUCUACAUUUGCAGGGAAUUCUUGAUUGCGCAGUCGCAGUUAUCUCAAGGAAUUGUCUUCCUGCAUUUGUAUUGCUCCUUCAACACAUCCCAGUGUAUGUCUUUGUAAGGAUCACUUGACACUUUGGGUCAGAGGGUCAGGAAGCGUUCCAUCUUUUCUGUUGGCCUAGAAAAUGAGAUUUGUGUUUAAGUCAAGUGCCUUUGGAUUUGCACUCAUGUUUAAAGAGAAACGAAGCAGAUUUAGGCCCAUGGUACAUCCUUAAUACAUUCACUGCCAUUGGAAACAAGGCAGUCUCCUCAUGCAGAGCAAGACUUCUGAAUCCCAGACGUGAUAUUUUUUAAAAAAAGUGUGUCAGGCUGGCAAAAUGAAUACCAAGCUACCAUGAGUUGUACCCCCUGGUGUGGUGUCUUCUGCUGUAUUGUUCUUUUUGUCAGCUAAGGAAAGAUAACAAAAAGUCUUUGUUAAGAGUGCCAUGGUGAGCUAGACAUUUUACCUUGGAGACUUUAGAGCUUCAACUAUGUUUAUGAUUUAAUAAAAUAUGAUACGCAAGGUAUGAGGUGACCCUACUGCAUAGUCAUUAGACGUAUUUGAUAUCUCAAACGUUUAGAGUUAGAAACAAGACACUGUCCUGUUUUAAGGGAAAACAAGUAAUUUUGGAUGUUUUGUGCCCAUUUUUAUUGGCACCACUGGAAUAUUACCUGCUUGUGUUUUGUAUUGGGUCCAUUACAUUUCAGUGGAGGUGUGUUGAUGUUUCCUGUAAAGGAAUUUACCCAAGAAAGUGCCAAUCCUGAACUCGUUUGGAAGAAAGGAUUAAUAACUUAAUAACCUUGGAUGAAAUCGAAUGUUGUGUGAGUGGAUUUCUACUUACACAAUGGACUUUCUUCUCCCCUACCCUGCAGUGCCCUGUGUGUCGCCCCCCCCUCCUGAAAUCGGCUCCAGAGGGUCCAUUUUAAGAAUGUUGUGGGGGAAUUGCCUCCAUUCCUGUUCCAUUGAUUGAGGGCCUACCAGCAGGAAGGGCUAACGGUAUACAACCCAUGGCUUAGUACAUCUUUCAUCCAAGGUUGCAUUUUCGUGCCCAAAAUAUCCACCUUCAAUUCAUUGCAGCUAUUAGACACAUAUAUGAAAGUGCACAACAAUCCUAUGCAUGUUUACUACAGAAAUAAUUCCCACUCAAUUAGAUGGUCCACUCCAAAGUAAGUAUGCAUAGGAUAGCAGCCAAAGUUAUUUAUUAUGUUUAAUUCUAGUGGAUAUAGUCAUAUUUUUAGUCUAUGGACACUCAAGAAGUACAAACUCCACUAGAUUUUGCAUCUCCAAUAGGAACAAUGAAGAGGCGCUUGGUGGCAGCAUCUCUUGAAAUGCUCUGACCACCUAUCAUUUUAAAAUUAUUUUUGAGUAUUAUUUAAAGGUGAAUAUAGUAUGAGUGGUAAAUUAAAGACUGUUUACACAAAACUCCUUGUAUCUUAGAGAUAUUUGUGAUGUAAAGAAACGAAAGAAAUUUGUUUUUAUAAGUCAUUUGAUGUCUGUAUUGUUGUCCACUGAUGACUGUUCUUCAGGGGUGUUGUAACCAUUCUGAUGAUCUGUCAAAGCAUACGGAAGCAUUUCCAUUCUGUACAGUCUUGGGAAGAAGGUUUUGUGCCUUAAGAAUAGAACAUGCUAUUUAUUAUUUUAAUUUAUACUGUGAUUACCAUGGAAACACCUCUUGUAUGUACAUAUUUUGCAGCUGAUUGUUGUAAAUAUAUUGUUCUUGUAUAUAAAGACAAUCUGUUUCUGA